AAGACAAGGUAACCAUGACGAUUAAAAGCAUCAAAUUUCUUGUGUUAUUCUCAGUGAUUCUUGUAAUAGAGGCAGAUUUUGAUUAUUGUUCGUUGUCAUGUCUUCAAGGCAAAUACCAACAUACUGUUUGUAUGAGAAAAAAAGAGCAAUGUGGCAAAGGUCCAAAAUGCCCCUCGAACUUUCGACAAGUAGCCCUUACUGACGAGAUGAGAAGAUUAAUUCUAGAUCACCACAAUGCCCUCAGAAAUAAAGUAGCUACUGGACAAGAAAAAAUAGGAAAUCAACCCCCAGCUUCGAAUAUGAGAGCUCUGAGUUGGAAUAAAGAACUAGAAUAUAUAGCACAAUGUUGGACAAACAAUUGUGAGUACAAACAUGAUGAUUGCAGAAAAACUGAAAAAUGGGGAGCGGUAGGACAAAAUCUAGCUAUACAGGCUGGUUAUAACUUUGGCCAUAAAGAUUUGGACGUAAUCAAAAAAUCAAUUAAUGCCUGGUACAGUGAAAGUAAAAAUUUUAAAUUCGUCAAUAUUGCCCAGAUUUGAGUCAAAGGUAAAGUAAUCCAACACUACACUCAAUUAGUAUGGGCUAAAACAGAUCACGUUGGAUGUGCUUUAACGUUCUACAAAAAUAGCACCCAGUGGAACUUCCAUUUGAUGGCUUGCAAUUACGCACCUAUGGGCAAUUACAAAUAUUUCUCAGUCUAUAACCAAGGUACGCCUGCAUCAGAUUGUGGAAAAUUGCCAGUAAAUAAAAAAUACCCCGGAUUAUGUGGACCUGAUAAUCUUUAA